AUGCUCGUCCAUGUCCCUGCUGUGGAGGCCAAAGAGAAGCAUGCUGCAAAGCAUUCAAUUCUGUCUGAGAAUCCAACAAUAAAGAGAAAGACCAUUGGUGAGGAAGAUGCAGUGAAAACUCAGAAAACUAUUUUAAUGGUUGGAAAAACAGGAUCAGGGAAGUCCACACUCAUUAAUGCUAUGGUCAAUUACAUGCUUGGAGUGAAACCUGAGGAUAAAGUCUGGUUUAACAUCACAGGGGAGGAGGGACAGAACCAGACUGUGAGUCAAACAGAACAAAUCACUGUUUAUGAUGUUUUUGUGAAGGAGUCCCCAAACUCUCUCACCAUCAUUGACACACCUGGAUUUGGAGACACUCGAGGGGUUAAGUUUGAUGAGAGGAUUUCUGAAUCUCUGCUCAGUUUAUGCAGAAUAGAGGAUGGAGUUCAUGAAAUUGAUGCUGUGUGUCUGGUGGUGAACACGUCUGAAAAUCGACUCUCCGAAAAAGAGCACUACAUUUUCAAUGCUGUUGUGUCUUUAUUUGGUAAAGACAUAGAGAAGAACAUAGUCUUACUCAUCACACAUUGCUGUGGAGGUCGUCCUGGCGCCCUACAAGCUAUCACUGCAGCCAAAAUCCCCUGUGCUCUAAAUAAAAAGAAUCAACCAGUCCAUUUUAAGUUUGACAACUGGCAAGAUCAGACAUAUGAUGAGAAAGAUGAGAAGGACUAUAAACAUGCCUGGGAACGAGGAGAAAAAAGUAUGAAAGACUUUCUGAAAUAUUUGGAGACCAUGGAGAGGAGAAACUUGAAGAUGACUGAAGGAGUUCUGAGAAAACGUGAGCAGCUGAAGGCUUGUUUCAAUAACUUACUGGAGCGUGUGCAGUGGACUGAACUGAAACAAGAGGAGUUAAAGCAGAAGAAGGAUGCCCUGGAGAAAUUCAAGAAAAAAGAUGAGGACUUUGAGGUAGAAAUUGAUGAGGUCUACAAAGAAAAGGUCCCCAUAAACCCACGCUGGUGGCACUGGAGCAAAAAAGCAACCUGCUGCACUGUGUGUGAGGAGAACUGUCACUACCCAGGAUGCUGGUGGGUCAAAGAUCUCUCAUGGUGCAGUGUGAUGGAAGAUGGGAACUGCACUGUGUGCACUAACAAAUGCCACUACACACAGCACGUUAAAGAGAGAACAAUAUAUGUGUCAAAGACCAGGAAGGUUAAAAAAACAAUGGAGGAUUUAAAAAAGGAAUAUGAGAAAGAUUUAGGAGAGAAAGAGAGUGUGGUGGCCAAACUUCAGGAUGAGAUAAUCAAGGCAGAAAAAGGCAAAAUCAGACUGGUUGAGGAAGCGUAUCAGUGCAUCAUCACUCUAGAGGAGACUGCACUGCAGCCUGACUCUUAUUCCACUCUUCUCCAUCUGGAUUUACUGAUUGAGAAGAUAGGGGAAACUGAGGAUGAGGAGAGAAUUCAGAAACUCAUUGAUAUAAAGAGGAGGGCCAAUGAGGUAAACAGGAGAGCAAUGACCUAUUACAGAGCAAUGAGUCAAGGAACUCAUGACAUCUGGCAAACGGGGAAAACACUCAUCAAGAAUAAGUGA